UGGUGUUUAAGGUUAAGUAAGAAAGGAGGAGUCACCAGAGUUGGUAGACCAGAUCCGAUCCACUUACACUACUUGUAACGAAGUGGAUCUGAUACCACCAAACCCCAAAAGAACUUCGGAGAAGAUGAAAGCCUUGGGAUGGUGGUUGAUGUUGGUAGGUUCACUUCGCUUGGCCUCCGUAUGGUUUGGUUUCUUCGACAUUUGGGCUCUCCGCCGCGCCGUCUUCUCUCAAACCACCAUGUCUGAAAUUCAUGGGCGAACAUUUGGGGUUUGGACGCUUCUUACUUGCACUAUGUGUUUCCUCUGUGCAUUAAACCUCGACAACAAACCGCUUUAUCUUGCAACAUUUUUAUCUUUCAUCUAUGCGCUGGGUCACUUUUUGACAGAAUACUUGAUCUACCACACCAUGGCCAUUGGCAAUCUUGCAACUGUUGGUGUCUUUGCAGGCACAUCGAUAGUAUGGAUGUUAGUACAAUGGAAUUCCCAUGAACCUCAAACUCCAUUGAAGAAGGAUUGAAAAAGAAAAUGUAGAAGAUGACUCAAGGAUCUGGUGAUGAUAUUCAUUUGUAACUUUCCUUCCGUGCUAUAUCUUGUCAUGGUCUAAACCGUUAAAUUCUGAUGCGAUUUAUGAUGGAGAAAUUCUGCCAUUUUUUUUAGGGGGUGCCAAAGAUCACCUCUGAGUUGCGACUUAUUUAUGCAUUUUUACUACAGACAUUGAGUCCCAUUCCCACUUAUCGUAUUGACAUAAGUUUCAUUCUCAUUAGGAAAAUGUUUGAAAUCUAUCACAAUGAUUCAUUUCAAUGCAAAUGACAUUAAAGCACUUCUCAUUCUUAUUACAAAAAAUAGCUUACAAAUCAAUCAAAUCUAGUACUACUAAUCCCAAUGACAUGAAUUAGGGGGUGGUUGGGAUUGCUUGUUUAAAGUGUUUAUUAUUUCGG